AAUAAAAAGAUAAAGAUAUUAAAAGAUAUAAUAAUGAACUUAUGUAAAAUAUGAUAUUUUUUAGGAAUGGUCCAAACUAAAAAAAUCACACAUGAAAAGAAGUCAUGACUUCUGUUUUAAUAUAUUAGAUUAGAGUUAAAUAUUAUUCAAAACAUCUAAACUAUUCUGAAAUUUAAGAAAAUUAUUUCAAAUCAUCAUUAAGGUUUUCCGUCCUUUUUAAAAGCUUACCAAAAUUAGCUAUAUUCAAAUCUAAUCUAUUAAAACAGUCCUAUUUGAAAAUUACCAUGACAUUUUUUUCAGACAUAUUGAAAAUGUUGUGACUUAAUAUCUAUCAAUUAGCCUUUCUCAUAUUUCUAUAUAUAUCGUAUUAACUACUAACCUUCCUAUUAUUUGUACAUAUCUUUAAAUUAGUUUUUAUUAAAUAUAUACUUUCUCUCAACACAUUAUUUAGUCAAUCAAUUUAAAUCAUAUAAAUAAAUAUCGUUUGACAAAUUAAAUAGAUAAUAUCCUUGAAAUUCAUACUCAACAGUAGAUUAAAAUAUAUGAUAAUUUUAUAUUCGAGUUCAUUGUACCCUAUAGUUUUGACCUAACAUUAUGUGAAUCAUAAAACAUGUUAUAUAAGACUCUGUUUCAAAUAUACCUUAUUGAUAUUAUCUUAUACUUUGUACAUUAUAAUGACUUAUAAAACAUGUUUACUUUCCAGAUUCAAAUAUUUUUGCUUCCUGAAGAAUAAAAUUCCGGAUAAUUUCGUUGUUCAUCAUAUAGUUUGUGUAAAAAAAUUUACACAGCAGCGACAAAUAAAUAUUUUUUAAUAUAUUAUAUCCUCUUUAUUAUUUCUAAUAUCCCAAAUCCGUAGAACUAAAAACAAAGCAAUAUCGUAUAACUAUAUAAAUAUAUUCCAAUGUUUAUAGAUAUAAAAUGAAAACAAAUCGUAAAGAGAUUCAAGUAUUUUAAGUUCUUUAACAAUAAAAUUUCAAUCUUUAUAUGGACAACCAAAUGGGAUAUUUACACAAUAAAUUCAUUAGUUUGUAAAUUAAUUGCACCCACGCCCAACGUGGUUAAAUUUUAUAUAUUAGUAUACUUCACUCUUUAAUAAUACCAAAAUAAUAUUAGAUUUUAAGUAUUUAUAGUAUUGAUUUGUAUAUAAAAAAAUGUAUUAGUCUACAUAAUUUUUAUUGUAAUUUUAUUCAUAUUUUACUAAGUUAACUCCCUAUGUUUCAUUUUAAUUGUCGUUUAAAUUUGUUCACACAUAUUAAUAAUUUUGUAUAUUUUAUAAAUAAAAACGGCAUUACCUAUAUUUCUAACCAUAUUUCAAUCAAUAAAAAGAAACUGAAGAAUAAUGUUUAUAAAUUUAGUAUUGAAACUUUAAAGCAACAUUUAUUUUGUAACAGAAAUUUUAUUAUAAAACGGCGCUUAAUAUGAAACUUAAGAGGAGUAAUAUUCUACAUUUGAAAAUUUAAUUAUAUUAUGGAAUUGAUGAGCCAAAUAAGACUAUCCCAUACCCGAACCGAACCAAACUGAAGAUCAGAAAAUACAAUUUAGAAGCGAAUCAAAACCAAAAGCUUAUACUUAAACAUAUUAAUGAACAAAUAUAUAUGUUAUUAAAUUUGUCAAUAAAAAAUAAUUUUGAGCUUUCAAACCGCGGGUACUAUCCUAGUUUUCUGUAAAUCCCACCAUAUCUAAAAUCCACCAAACCAUUCUUAUGGUGGGAUUUGCGCUUUCAAAUCUCGUCUCGCUGUGGUUUUGAUCACUGCCAACUCACCGCUUAUCAAGACCUCCUCCUCAAGGGCGUUAUCUUCCCGCCAUCAUCGUUAACGCGAGUCUCAGUCGUCAGUUUCAGGUUGUAACUGAAAUCACGAAGAAGCUCCAAUGGCCGCCACAAGCAACGCCGUCGUGCUCAUCGUCAUACUUGCGAUCACCUUCUCUUCCUCCUCCGCAGUGACGGAGACGCAGGCACCUUCUCCACUGGCUCUCACCUGUACGGAGGAGCUAGUCAUGUUCUCUCCAUGCCUUCCUUACGUCUCGGCUCCACCGAACAACAUCUCAGACGCGCCGGAUCCUCUUUGCUGCUCGGCUUUCUCCACAUCCGUUCAUUCCGGCGCCGGAAACUGCCUCUGUUAUCUUCUCCGGCAACCUAUGAUCCUUGGAUUCCCGUUGGAUAGAUCACGACUGCUUUCUCUUUCCCAGAUCUGUAGCGAUCUUAGCUCCGACGAAUCUUUCGAGUCUAUCUGCUCGCCAUCAGAGUCGCCGGAGCUUCCGCCGCUUCAGAGCAUUCAGUUCACAGCUCCUUUUGUUUACGGUGUUAGAGCUUCCGCAUCUUCUCCAUCGUUCGCCAUUUCACCGGAAGCCGCCGGAAUUUCACACACCUCCGAUCAACCCUCACCAGAAACAGAUAGCUUAUCAUCAACACCAGAAUCCAUCAUAAACGGCUCCCCAAAGAUCACAAGCUUCUGCUUUCUCUCGACCAUCAUCAUGACGCUGCCCACUUCUAUCUUCACUCGUAUCUGAAGCAUUCCCCUUUCUUUCCUUUACAAUCUCAAGUUCAUUAGUGGUGGGUGUCUCUUUAAAACCCAUACUUGAUCUCUUCCUUUUGGCUUUGUGAAUCGAACAAAGAUGAUAUAGACAUACCAUUGUUCUCAGAGUACUGUACAUUGUUUCCUUUUA